AUGGACCAGCACAAUGAAAGCCAGCCACUGCGUGAACUCAAAAUCAAAUGGCCCAAGUUUGAUGUGACUGUCACAGUGAGAAUGAAUGAAUUGAAUUCUGCAUUAGUGGACAUCCUUUGGGACACGCUUCCAUAUCGCUCUCUCCAGACGCAUGCGCUGGUCACGGGUGAUCACCUGUAUCACCUUGUUCCAGCAGAGCCAUUGCUUUACACAGCCCCUGAGCACAAGAUCCCCGACAGAACACAAGAGCCUGAUGGCACGGUGUUUCUUUCAAAGUUUCAGCAUCUAGCCAUAAAGUAUGGUCGGGUGACUGAGCACCAUCCUGCAGCACCUUGUGGAAAUGUGAUUCCUGAAGAUUUGGAGAAGCUGCGCUGGCUUGGAAACCAGCUUUGGAAAUGUCAGUUGGAGACGAAGGAACCCACUGAAGUCAUUCUUUGGGAUGCUUCAACCCCCGAGCCCGGCCCUCAAAGUCUCUCACUUCGUCUUCAGCGAACUGGGGUGACCAAAGAGGUGAAGGAUGUUGUUCGAGAGAUCCACGAAGAAAUGGAUAAGUCUUGGUCGGGAGUUUCAGACAAUAUCCAAGCGAUACAUAGUGGACGGGCUUCUUCAAACCCGGGAGCAAAGGACUCUUAUUUUGCUGCCAUGGUUUUCGCCAACAGCGAGGUUCGCACUCUGGGUUAUUACAUCUUCGACAAUAUACUCGAGAUCGCUGCCUCAUACCCUGAGUUCGACCUCAAACAUCUGGUCGCUCUAUAUAGAAAGCUAGUCUCCACUCCCGCUGAGUUUCUAGGAUACGUGGGUACGGAAUUCCUCCGCGACAGCCAUCGCAAAAUUAAUGAACUCAUCACCCUCAAUGUUGAGACAAACACCAAUCAAUCAGAUGCUCGUGAGGACUUACUUGCCAUGGUGAGUGUAUUGGCACAGUAUAUCAAUCUCCUCAAUGCCCAGAACCUGCUUAUGUUUCCCUGGAAACACACAACCGAGUACCCUAUCCCACACAAUUGA